ACUGUUUUAAAUCAUUGCCCGGAUUAUUGGGUAUCAAAAAACCCAACACUAGCAUUUUCUUCACAGUUAAAGCAAAUGACAAUAUAUUAUCUUCAAAUCAUCUUCUUCAAAAUAUCUCGGUUUUUUCCGGUGAGAAUGGGCAGGGACCUCCUGGACAGCAUGCUUUGGGUUGGCAUAUCUCAUUUAUCAAAUCACUUGCAGAAUUUUCUCGAAUUCCUGUAGUGGUGACUAACCAAGUACGAUCUCAAGGCCAUGAUGAAACUUCCAGAUAGUUAUUCCAAGGCAAGAACUACACCACGUUGGAAUUUCAGUUUGAGACUUACCUUCGCGGUAAGGAUCUAUGGCAUCAUAUUGGUGGUUCUCCUGUCUGCUACUGUUGCGAAAGAGAAAGGAUUGCAGGACACUUCGAGUGCGACUUGGGCUGUCCAAGAUGCCCAAAUUCUCUCUUGGAUUCUUGGCUCUAUGGAACCUCAGAUUCUUCUUCAUCUUCGACCUUACAAGACUGCCAAAGAAAUUUGGCAAUACUUCCGCAGUGUCUAUUACCAAGAUAACUCCGCUUGCAACUUUCAAUUGGAAUUAGAUAUUUCUCAUCUGUCUCAAGGAUUGCUGUCCAUUCAGGAUUAUUACUCCCAGUUCAUGAGUCUUUGGGCUGAUUAUUCAGAAAUUAUUUUGGUUGAUGUCUCAACUGCUGCACAUGCUGCUCUUCAGACCGCUCAUCUCAACAGAAAGUGUAGUCAAUUCUUGAUGAAACUAUGGCCUGAAUAUGAAGCUGUUCGCUCCUCUUUAUUGAACCGUUCCCCUCUUCCUUCCUCAGAGGUUUGCUUUGGAGAACUUCGCAAGGAGCAGCGCUUGGCCACUCAAACCAACCUACAAGAUGCUGGUUCUCCUCUUGUAAGCAUGGCAUAUGCUGCCCAUGGGAAGCCUCGUACUACUCGUGAUUUCAGCAUGGCACAAUGCUAUUCUUGCAAACAAUUUGGGUACAUUGCCCCCUCAAUGUCCCAAUAAAUCUUGCAAGUACUGUAAGAAACGCGGAAAUAUCAUCAAAGAAAGUCCUAUUCAACCUCCAAAACCUGUUUCACGAGCUCUGCAAGCUGUUAAUGUUCCAACUAUUGAUCCUAGCCUCUCAUCCAUUGCUGACUCGUCUGCUUCAGCUGCUCUGAUGUCUCAGGGUACACCUAUCCAUCCCUCUUUAACGCCUGAAAUGGUCCAACAAAUGAUUUUAUCUGCCUUUUCUACACUUGGACUGCAAGGAGCAGGAAAUGGGACAAUUGAUGGCAAAGGGGCUUAGAGUUGGACGUCUUUUUCCGUUACACCUUUUUCCUUCGAGUGCAACAUUGUCUUCACCUUUAUUUUCUCUUGCUUGUAAAGUGUGUGUCCGAAGAGGCACCAUUCAUAAUCAUCUUCGUCUCUCACAGAACAAAGGUUUAUAAAGCUAGCAAAAUCUUCAAUGCCGCAUUCCUUUUCAACAUUACUGCAUCUGGAAUUUCCAUGCCUGAUGAUGAUGGAGUGGAAAUGAUGUGACCAGAAAUAAAUUCUAUACACUAUCAAGUGCUCUUUCUUUGAGGAUGGCUUUUGGUCACCUGUAUAUCCAAUCACUCUUAACAACUUCAGCAUUAUGAUGAUUAAUCGAUCAUUGAAUAUGAGUUGGCGCGUUGUGACUGGUAACAACAAGAACCAGGGGCGGACCUAUUAAGGGUCUAGUGGGGGCAGUCGCCCCCACUGAAAUUUCAAAUAGCUUCAGAAAAAAUUAGCAACGAACAUUGGGUGUUUGAUCUAGUGGUAUAUAUCUUGCUGUGGUUGCAGGAAGUCUUGGGUUCAAUUCUUAGGAUGGCUUUUUUAUUAUUCUUCUUGUUUUUUGUUUUUGGCUCUUUUUCUCUUUUAAUUUUUUGUAUCAAUUCCAUCAUACCACAAAAAUGAUUGAAUAAAAUUGAUAUAGUUGUAUUCCAAUUAAUUUUUCUGUUCUUGUAAAAUCACAAAAGGUCGACAAAAAAUAAAACAAAAAAGAACAUACAUAAAAUGUUGUCUUUGAAGAAAAACAACUGUGAAAAUUUAGGGACAUUCCAAAGUGAUUCUCCACCAGGCAUCACCAAC